CAAGAUGCGCUUCUCUAUCAUCGUCAGUGCGCUCGCCGCCAUGAUCCCCGCGGCGCUCGCCGAGUCAUCAGCAACAGGCUCCAUGGUCCCCAUGAUGUCUCCUACUGCGCCGCCCGUCACCAUGGCAUGGAGCGGCGAGGCAUCCACGACUGCGGGUGGCUCCAUGGCCAUGGCCACCGGCAAGAGCAGCAUGAUGGGCAGCGGAAUGAAGGAAAGCGGUAUGAUGAAGAGCGGCAUGAUGAUGGAAAGCGGAAUGAAGGAGACGGGCAUGAUGAAAGAGACAGGAAUGAGCGGCAUGACCAUGUCCGAGGGUAUGCCCAAGACAACCGGUAGCGCCAUGAGCGCCAUGGCCGGUAUGAGCGGCUCCGCAUCAAGCAUGGAGUUGAGCACAGGCGCCGUCUUGACUGCUGCCCUGCUGCUUGCUCUUCUCUAAUCCGUGUGCCCCAUUACACACGCUGUACGCCUAGCUUCUUUCCCUCUUCUUUCUCCGCGUCUCUCUAUCGGUAAUACCGCUGGUCUGGGCAUCUCAUCC